GUCCGGGCUUUGGCUGCCGCCCCGGUGUAGUAGCGGGGGCGGCGGCCGGGGGCAGCGCGGCUCCUUCCCUUGUUGUGUGUGUCGGUGCCUCCUCGCCAUCUUGUUGCAAAGCCCUUUCUUGUCGGCGGGACUCCCGGGGGCCGCGGGGCGGGAGGCAUCAGAAAGGAGGAAGGGAGGGAGGGGAAGAAGGGAGGCAGUGCCGCCUUUUUUUUUUUUUUUUGCAUCACGUUUUUUUUAAAUUUGCAAAUUUAUAUUUUGCAAAUAUUUUGGGAGACAUUGAUUUUUCUCCCCGUGCUCCCCCGUUCUUCCCUGCGGAGUGCGCUGCGCCGCCCAGCCCUGUCGCCCCCCGGAGGUGAUCCCUCCCUCCUGCCUGCCCGCCAGCCUGACCUGUGCCCGGCUCGCGGGCCGCAGCCUCGGCCCCGGCGCGCCCCCGGCAGCUCUCGGCGCGAUGAGCAUAGAGACGCUACUGGAGGCGGCCCGCUUCCUGGAAUGGCAAGCGCAGCAACAACAGAGAGCACGUGAGGAGCAGGAGCGGCUUCGCUUGGAGCGGGAACGGGAGCAAGAGCAGAAGAAGGCCAGUAGCCUGGCCAGAUUGGCACAUGCCCUGCCUGUGGAGGAACCCCGCAUUGAGGCGCCACCCCUGCCUCUGUCCCCACCGGCACCCCCACCGGCUCCCCCGCCACCAAUUGCCACCCCCACACCACUGACUGUCAUUCCUAUUCCCGUAGUGACCAACUCCCCUCAGCCACUGCCCCCACCCCCACCGAUGCCCCCUGCAGCCCAGCCUCUGCCCCUGGCACCUCGGCAGCCAGCCCUGGUCAGCACCCCUGGACUCAGCAUUAAGGAGCCUGCCUCCCUGCCCACCAGGCCGCAGGUGCCCACCCCUGCUCCCCUCCUGCCAGACUCGAAGGCCACCAUUCCAUCCACUGGCAGCCCCAAGCCUUUGCAUCCCCUCCCCACACCCAUCCUGACCAUAGCACCACACCCUGGAGUCCAGCCUCAGCUGGCCCCCCAGCAGCCACCCCCACCCACGCUUGGGACCCUGAAGUUGGCACCAGCUGAAGAAGUCAAAUCCAGCGAGCAGAAGAAGAGGCCUGGGGGGAUCGGAACCAGAGAAGUCCACAACAAAUUGGAGAAGAACAGGAGGGCCCAUCUGAAGGAAUGCUUUGAGACCCUGAAGCGUAAUAUCCCAAACGUGGAUGACAAGAAGACGUCGAAUCUGAGCGUGCUGCGGACGGCGCUGCGGUACAUCCAGUCCCUGAAGAGGAAGGAGAAGGAAUACGAGCAUGAGAUGGAGCGGCUGGCUCGGGAGAAGAUUGCCACACAGCAGCGGCUGGCAGAGCUCAAGCACGAGCUGAGCCAGUGGAUGGACGUGCUGGAGAUCGACCGCGUGCUCCGGCAGACGGGCCAGCCUGAGGACGACCAGGCCUCCACCUCGACCGCCUCUGAGGGUGAGGACAACAUAGACGAGGAUAUGGAGGAGGACCGGGUGGGCCUAGGCCCACCUAAGCUGAGCCAUCGUCCCCAGCCGGAGCUGCUGAAGUCCACCUUGCCACCCCCCAGCACUGCCCCCGCGCCUCUGCCUCCACACGCCCACCCCCACGCAGUGACCCUGUCUCCUGCCCACCUCCCUGUGCAGCAGCAGCCGCCACAGCAGAAGACCUCUCUGCCAGCUCCUCCUCCCCCACCGGCUGCCCCCGCCCAGACGCUGGUGCCAGCUCCAGCCCAUUUGGUGGCCACGGCUGGGGGCGGCUCCACAGUCAUUGCCCACACGGCCACCACCCACGCCUCAGUCAUCCAGACUGUGAACCACGUUCUACAGGGGCCGGGUGGCAAGCACAUCGCCCACAUAGCCCCCUCGGCCCCCAGCCCUGCUGUGCAGCUGGCACCUGCCACACCCCCCAUUGGCCACAUCACAGUGCACCCUGCCACCCUCAACCAUGUGGCCCACCUGGGCUCCCAGCUGCCCUUGUACCCACAGCCCGUGGCAGUGAGCCAGCCUGUGGCGGUGAGCCACAUCGCCCACACCCUCUCGCACCAGCAAGUGAAUGGCACAGCUGGGCUGGGGCCCCCAGCCACCGUCAUGGCAAAGCCAGCUGUGGGGGCUCAGGUGGUCCACCACCCCCAGCUGGUGGGCCAGACAGUGCUCAACCCUGUGACCAUGGUCACCAUGCCCUCCUUCCCAGUCAGCACACUCAAGCUGGCUUGAGGAUGAGGCCACUCAGAGGCCCCCAGUGGGGGCAGGGAGGGGGACCUGUCCCCCACUGUCCCACCCACCAGCUCCACACAUUCCAGCCAGGCCCAGGCCCGUCCCCCCCACACCCACCCCCAGGCCUCCUAGGGGAAGGGGGUGCAGAGACUCUGAGCCAGGGGAGGGAGGGGCCGCCCCAGGGAGUUGGGCACAGGGCAGGGGCUUACCCUGCUGCACUAGGACUUGAUAAAAUGACUGAUGAGAGAUACUCUGAACGUGCCGCCUGUCCGGCCUGGUGCCAGCUCCAGUGCCGUUCCUGCUUCCCCACCCUGUCCCCUGAAAUCAGUGCGAUGUGGAUGUCAUGUUCUCUGACUUCUUCACUCCCCUGCCCGCCUUCCUGUGCUGCUGCUGCUGCUGCUGCUGCUAUUACUGUCUGGUGAGGUGGCCGAGUGCCCUGGGUCUCCCCACUAGAGCUUCAGUGUUCUCCUCCCAGGCCUUCAGAGGGGAAACGGGAAAAGCAGAACUGGAGCCACUUGGCCCAGAAAGCUGGGGAUGGGGUGGCAAGGGGCCUUGCUCUGAGCACAGGUGACAAAUCCUAGGAAGUGGCUGGUCUGGAGUCCUAUCCAGACAGGUUAGUGCCCCAGCCUGGGGCUUCCUGGCCCAGUUGCAGUCACUGUGAUUCGUUACAGUAGAAACUAUAUUUAAUGAUUCUCUACCAACAAUAAACCAAACCCAAGCUGUUGCCAAGCUUCCUGAACACCCCCCUCCAAUCCCUGCCACUGGGCUCUUGACCUCAGGAAGGCAGGUUGGGGGUGGGGAAGGAGGGGCUUGGCUGUCCUGCCUUCUGCCCCUGUCCCCUGCAGCUUGUGUCUAAACUGGGAGGAGAGCUGUCUGGACUUCUAUCCCUGUCCUUGGUUCUUCAUUUCAAGAAGGCAGCAAGGAGGGACGCUUUCCACUCCCCUGCUUCCCUGACCUCUGCUUGGUGCUGUGCCCUGCCCCAAGGGAUAGGUGGGCCUGGGUUUGGGUGUCCCUUGCAGCUUGGGAGACGUGGGCCACCAUCUGGUCUUGGGUCCAGGAGCCUAGAAGCCACAUUGCUGAGGCAUCAGGGCGUUAAAAUCCAGAGGCUUAGCCAAAGCCCUAAACCCUUCCCCAAACAAGCCCUGGAGGACCUACACAGAGCGGGGCCAGAGCUGGAUCAGCACUGCGGAGGAGGCUGCUGCUUCUGCUUCUGCUUCUCUGCCUGUCAUCUCUGUUCCUGAACAUCCCCCAUUCUCCAGUGGGCAAUUCUUGAGUGUGCCCUCCCUGAGGGACUGCUGUGCACUGCUACCUUUCUCUGAGAAAAGGUCCUUAAUUGGACCAAGGACAGGGCUGAACUUGGGCUGGGGAGGAGUAAAGAAAGGGGUGCUGUGUUAGGGGUGCUAUUUCCCUGCCUCUGCCUUGGCAGACUGCUUUGGCCUCUCUUCGUAUGUGCGUAUUUAUUACAAGUGGCCUUGCGUCAGACACACUCAGUUACAUGCACCGUGCACACUUGGCCCCCCACCUGGACGCACACCAGUGGCCUUUCCAUGUGGGAGGAGUGUCCAUAGGUGUGAAGUUCACGUUGACAACUGGGGCAGGUAGUGGGGCCAGAGGGGAGAAUUCAGCAUUCUCUGGAGUGCCCUGCCAGGCACGGAGGAGGCUGGCACAAGUCUCGAAUAGAUUCUCCCUUGAAAUAAAGACUCCGUAGCUGCCUAACAACUCCCUUUCUGUUCCUUCCUGGUCCUGGAGACUUCCAGGGGACUUUCUUAUUUGUCUCUCCUGGGGUUGGGGAAAGGGACAGCUAGGGACCAGGUCUCCACCCUCAGAGGCCUGGAGGAGGGAGCCCUGCACUCAUGCCAGCACAGCACCCCCGCCUCACAUGCUUGCUGCCUUCCUGCGGCCACAGCCACCUCCGCCCCGCAGCCUGGCUCUUGGGGGAGCCAGUUUCACUAUUGCCAUUGUGACAACAAUGGAAAGAACAGAGGGAGAGUCCAGGGCAGGCCUGACACACCAGGACAGUCAGAGCAGCUUUGGCGACCUCGCCCCUCCCUCAGCCUGUCCACCUCUCCCUGCAUCCUGAGGCCAGUCGCCCCCGGGCCUGCACAGAUACCUCAUCAUCUACCCACCGCCCCCCAGCAGCGGGGGCCUCCAAAUCUAGUGCCGAAUGACUAUGUCCAGAUUGGUGACAAUGGGUGUUGCUAUUGUUUUUGUUGUUGUUUGUGAAUGCUGUGACGCUGUGUGCCCAAGUGGGCAGCCACCACCCAGCCCUUCCUUGGGCAUCCUCCUCCCCCCACCCCCAGAGCUGUCAGGACUACAUCUAUCCUCACCCUGUGGGACCGCCUGCCCCUGCCCUUCCAGCCUGGGACACACACAAACACACACACACACACACACACAAUACUCUCUUCUUACCUCUCAUGCGUGUUUUACUUUUUGAUGUUCAGAGUGGCUCACUGGCUGGGAGUCUUUACCUCGGGGAGAGGGGGAGGUUGGUUCCUUGGGGGAGCCAAAGAAGGGCAGGGAAUGCCUGGAGGGUAACUAGGGGGUAAUCGUAACCCCUGCUGUCCCUGCUCUCUCCAAGAACAGCUUCUCCCCCCAUCCCAGGGUCCCACCCCCAUCCCCUAAAGAGGUGGCCCUUGUUUACAGUGAGGACUCGGUCACUGUGUCUCCGUUUCCUGAAAUAUAAACUGUAGCGACCCCAGACUGUAGAGAUUUUUAUGUGUUUGGAUACAUCUGCUGUGUGGGGGGAAAAAACUACAAAAACCCUAAUUUUGUACAUAUUGUAUUUUUACUAUUGAACUGUAUUCUAGUGGCUGUUCAUGUUCCAAGACUUUAGGUAUUGAGACAUGAAUACUAUCUAUGUAAUAAGCACUUGCCUGGAAUAAAAUAUAAAACUGAAAUAAACCUGCACUGAAACCUGA